UAGAAAACGGUUUUCGUUUUAAAUACUACAACGCCCACAAUACACCGGGCCAAAAGACGGAUUCCUUCUGGUGCGUACCGCGUACGUAAAAGUCGCACUGUGUCAUCUCUACCCGGCCCGGGUUUACGAGCGUUAUUCAGGAUGCAGGACCCGCCUUUGUGGGAGCAGAUAGGCACUGGCUUUGUGCGACACUACUACCAGUUGUUUCAAAGUGACAGAGGAAAACUGGCUGAUCUGUAUAUUGCAGAGUCGUUACUAACCUGGGAAGGGGAAAAAAUCUGCGGCAAGGAUGCAAUUACCAAGAAACUCCUUAAUCUGGGCAUCAAAAAAAUAGGGCAUACUAUUACAGCACAUGACCACCAGCCAACUACAGACAGCUGCGUCCUGAGUAUGGUUGUAGGACAGCUCAAAGCUGACAACGAUCAAAUCAUGGGUUUUCAUCAGAUUUUCCUCUUGAAGGAAAUCAAUAGUGCUUGGGUGUGCACCAACGAGAUGUUCCGGCUGGCUCUUCACAACUUUGCCUGAACGAUUCUUCGACUCUGGUGGGCACGGGCAAGUCGAAGUGGUGGAGGGGAGGGUUGGCCAUGGAGAGAUGGGACAAAGCUCAUGCUUCCCUUCUGCCGUCUGCUUUUGUUUGUUUGACAAGCAUGUGAACACCGGAAUCUAAAUUCUCGAUCACUGACCCCAAUCCAUCCCAGACAGUACAAAUGAAACUCUUUUUUUUCCUCCUCUGCUGACAUCGGCCAGCCCAUCAGACCAAACACCAUCCAAGAAACUCUGCUCCUCACCUCUAAUUCAUUGUCCUCAGUUUCCGUUUGACUUCUUUCAUCUAGUUUUAGAUCAAACUUGGCUCAGAUCAGUUCAGCGUCAUGUCAGGUUUAGAUGCUACUGGAGUCACUCUAUUCUUUAGGAUGGGUUACGUUUUUACAAUUCAUACAAUGCUCUCUGCCAGGUUCUCAUUGUCAUGCCACCAAAGACUCAUUUAAGACAAUGUCCGAGUUUGCUGUGUUAUUCUACAUUUCCCCCCUCCAUCCGUCUUGUUUUAUUACACAGAAAUGUUUGGCAAUUUACAUGGACAGAAGCCAAAAUUCACAAUAAACCCAGACAUUUUUUU